UAGUUCAGUUGGUGGUCGCUUUCAGCAGUCGCUAGAAAUAUGUCAGGAAAUACAGUUGAAUCAUGUGUUCCAAAGUGGCUUCACGUUAAAUUUUUGGAAGAACACCUACAAAAUUAUUAUAAAAAUGAUGGCGUAAAAUUGAUUACUUUCCAUGUAAAACCAUUCUCCGCCAAAGAAAAUGGUUUUACCAGUUCAAUGUAUCGCGUCAAAGUGACGUUGGACAUUCCUGGCAAGGGAGUUGGCGAAGUCAAGGGAGUUAAAACCUUAGACUUGAUUGUGAAAGAGGCCAUAGGUGAUGCUGAAUUUUUACAACAAUAUGAUGUGUACAAAAAAGAGCUUUUGUUUUAUGAGCAAAUCAUUCCAAAAAUGAAUGAAAAACUGAAAUUACUCAACGAAACGGAUAUGUUUCCCGAAGUGUAUGGGGCAUGUAAAUCACGGAAUAUUAUAAUUUUGGAAGAUUUAUCAGUGAAAGGGUAUCAAGUAUUGCCAGUAAUACGUGGAUACAAUGUUUUGGAAACGAAAUCGAUUUUAAGAAAAUUGGCUUUAUUUCAUGCGAUUUGUGCGGUAUUGCAAGAGGAACGAUCGGACAUAUUUUCGAUUUGUAAACUAGGUCAUUUGAGUCGUGGUGCUAAUGGAUUCAAUAAUUUUUACGUUGGAACUUUCGAAACUGUCAUUGAGGUCUUAUCUGAAUGGCCUGAAUUUGAUGUGUAUACGAACAAAUUGCGUCGCAUUGGCGAUCAAGUUAUAGAACGAGGCUAUCAAACGUACGAUAUGAAUCCGGAACAUUUUAAUACACUGAAUCAUGGUGAUCUUUGGUGUCCAAAUGUAAUGCUGAAAAUGACAAACGGGACUGAAGAGCAUCCUUUUGAAAAUGUUAACUUGAUUGAUUUUCAAUUCUCUUAUUGGGGAUCACCAACAACGGAUCUGCAUUACUUUAUGAAUACGUCGAUUGAUGGAAAUCAUCGUCCUGAACGAUUUUAUGAAUUGAUCCGUGGUUAUCAUGAACAUUUGACCGAGUUUUUGAAACAAUUGAAUUACCACAAACACAUUCCAACUUGGACUGAAUUUUAUAAACAAUAUCAGGAUAGACGAUUUUUUGGUUUCAUUGUGUCCUGUUUGCUACAGCCGAUGGAAAUAAAUAACCAUUUAAACUUUGAAUUCAAAGAUUUUUGUAUGAAUGACGCAAAUGGAGCGAAAGCAAGACGAAGUCUGUAUGAAGGGGAACAAAUUCGAGCAAAUCUUCGAAAACUCAUUCCAUAUUAUGAUCAAAUGGGAACUUUUGAACUAAAUUUUGAUCUAGGGGGAAAGAACAAGCCAAAAAGCUAAAAAAAUACGAUUCAAUACACAAAAUAAAUGUCAAUACGUGUAAAUACGUGUAAAUACUUGUCAAUACUGGAAAUGAAUGUAAA